AGUUACCUUUUCUGCAUACGUCUGUGCAUUCUGCAGCUCUCUUUUACAGAUAAAACACACACACACCACAAUGCCGAGGUCGAACGGCGGCGUUUGGAUGGACGGAGAAGAAGACGAAGCCAUCUCAUGGCCCCACAACGACAACGCCGCCGAUUGCUUCAUCAACAAUGCCAUGUACGCCCCCAAUCCAUUCCACCACCCUCAAUUCACCUCCCUCUUGUUCAACCCUCUGGAUUCCUCUCCCUCCCAACUCGACCCCUUUUUACCCCCAAAAUCUAUGCUGCCCUCUCUCUUCGAUUUGAGUUUCGACCAGACCUACUCCCCCGCUCCCGACGCGCCUAUGUUUAAUGGAUUUAAUCCCCAAUUUCAAUUUUCCGACGAUUGCGUCGCCGCCAUUGGAGGUGCUGCUUUCGAGGGUUUCGACAGGUCUAAGCUGCUGAGGCCGCUCGAAGUCCAGCCGUCGGUGGGAGCGCAGCCGACUCUGUUUCAGAAGAGGGCGGCGCUGCGGCAGAAUUUGAGCGACGAGGGUUUGACAAGCGUUGAUGAUACAGGGGGAAUGAGUAUGGGGAGGAAGAGGAAGGCGGAAUUUGAGGAUGAAAUGGAGAAUUACGAUUCCGAUGACGCCGCGGAGAAAUUCGGCAAUAAUUCCAACGCCAACAGCGGCGUGACCCACAAGGGGAAGAAGAAGGGGAUGCCGGCGAAGAAUUUGAUGGCGGAGCGGCGGCGGAGGAAGAAGCUCAACGACAGACUUUACAUGCUCAGAUCCAUUGUGCCUAAAAUCAGCAAGAUGGAUAGAGCUUCAAUUCUCGGCGAUGCAAUAGAUUAUUUGAAGGAGCUUUUACAACGGAUUAAUGAAAUUCACAGUGAACUUGAAGCUACCCCAGCUGGAUCUUCUCUUAUGCAUCCAUCACCGAGCUUCCAUCCUUUGACGGCCACCGCGCCUCUCGCCCUCCCUUAUCGCGUCAAGGAGGAAAUCUGCGCAAGCUCAGCUCCCAGCCCCAAAAAUCAACCUGCAAGGGUCGAAGUAAGGUUGAGAGAAGGGAGGGCUGUGAAUAUACACAUGUUCUGCGCCCGUAGACCAGGUCUCCUGUUGUCGGCUAUGAGGGCUAUGGACAACCUUGGUCUGGACAUUCAGCAAGCUGUGAUAAGCUGUUUCAACGGCUUUUCCUUGGAUGUGUUCCGAGCAGAGCAAUUCAGGGAAGGGCAGGACGUGUUGCCGGAGCAGAUCAAAGCGGUGCUCUUGAAUUCUGCUGGAUUUCAUGGUGUUAUGUAGGUUUGAAUCUGUCUUAGCAAGCAGAGUCUAAUUGCUGGAUUAUGAGUAGGUAUGACUGCAUCUGUUAACAAUGAAUUCAAGAAUCAAGCUAGUGUUGUUAGAUACAAUCUGAUUUGUAUUGAAAAUUUCCAAUCUAUUUAAUCAUAAAUUUUGUGAUUUA